ACUGACGUCUGAGGUCAGAGGAUUGUCGUCAAACAUGGCGGCCUCCUUGCUGAGCAGGAGGACAGCCUUAUUCUUCGGCGGUGGUCAAAUAAACGUCUUCGCGCCGGCCGCGGUCCAGCAGAUCGCGCACUACAACCCCAGACCCUUCUGGCUGAACAUAAAGAGCCCUUACAUACCGAGUAAAGAGAGCGAGAAGACCCCCGAGUGGCAGAAGAGCGACAAGUAUGAGCGCAGGCUGUUCGGCCGCUACGGACGCGCGUCUGGGGUGGACCCGGCCAAGCUCUGGCCCUCGCACGCCCGUCUGGAGGAGCUGAUGGCCGAGGAGAGAGAGUGGCAUCCUCCCAUAGAAGUGAUGCUGGAGAACAUCGCGGCCAGAGAGAGAGAGAGGCAGCAGAGGCGGAUGGAGAGAGAGAAGACGAUCGCCGAAAACAUGGCCAAAAUGCCCAAAAUGAUCGCCGACUGGAAAAAGCAAAAGAGGGACGCGAAGCAGAAGCAGCGAGAGGAGAAAGCCAAGCGGGACAAACUCCUGGCCGAGGCGAGGGAGCGCUUCGGUUACGCUCUGGACCCCCGCAGCGCCAAGUUCAAAGAGAUGGUCGCCGAACUGGAGAAAGAGGAGAAGAAGAAGAGAAAACUUCUGAGGCGCAAGAAGAGAGAGGAAGAGCAGGGUGUGGCGGGAACGGCGCCGGCCGAAUCCAGCCAGUGACCCUCGGAGAACAAGGACUUACACGCAGUGCUACUGUACCAUAAUGUAAAAUUGGUUUCUUUGUGUGUUGCUAGGAUUGUCUCACGGUUUCCGAUCAAAUAAAAUCACUGACUGGAACAACA